AUUGAUCGACUAGCAGACGACGUAAUUUAUUAGGAAAUUUCAAAACUUAGUCCAAAAAUAAAUAUGUGUUCAGGAGAUCAAAACUCAGUGAUACUGGCUACUGCCGGCUACGAUCAUACAAUUAAACUAUGGCAAGCUCAUACCGGAAAUUGUUAUCGUACUAUUCAGUAUACCGAUUCCCAAAUAAACGCUCUAGAAAUAACACCGGAUAAGAAGCUAAUCACUGCAGCAGGCUAUCAGCAUAUACGUAUGUUUGACUUGACUACAAGUAAUAAUAACCCAUUAGUGACCUAUGAUGGUAUACAAAAGAAUAUAACAGCUUUGGGAUUUAAUGAUGAUGGAUCAUGGAUGUAUACAGUAGGCGAAGAUGGAUUUGCUAGAAUUUGGGAUGUUCGUUCAAAGUUACAAAAACCGCAAAAAAUGUUUGAAAUUAACGUACCAAUUAACUGUGCCUCCCUUCAUCCGAAUACCUCAAUAUUAUUUAUUGGGGAUCAAUCUGGUACAAUGCACACUUGGGAUUUAAGGAUGAACGAGAAUGAUCAAAUAGUUCCUGAACCAGAGUGUUCUAUUCAAAGUAUACAUGUAUGCCCGAAUGGUAAAUAUGUAGCAGCAGUUUCGAAUAGAGGUGCAUUAUAUAUAUGGGAGUUAUUAGGAGAUCAUAUGUCACAAUUAAAACCUUACUACAAGAAAAUCAUUCACGAUAAAUACGCCUUAAAAUGUCUGUAUAGUUCAGAUUGUCAGUACUUAGCAACCUCUUCCGCCGAUAGUUCUAUAAAAAUAUGGAAUACUCGUGAUAUGUCUCUACUGAAAACGUUAAGGUCUGAUAGUACCCAAAGAUGGGUUUGGGAUGUAUCAUUUAGUAGCGAUUCCGAAUAUAUUAUAAGCGCCUCUUCUGAUAAUAUGGCAAGAUUAUGGGAGAUUGAAAGUGGUACUGUUAAACAAAAGUACGCAGGACAUCAGAAGCCGAUAGUUUGUUUGGCAUUUAGAGAUCCGUUAAUGAAUCGUUAA